AUGCCCCUCGUCUACCACCAGGGGUCUCAGGGUCUGGGUCUGAGUUGGGGACUCGUGGUUGGAGUUUGGAGGACUGUCAGUCCUUUGGAGACGGAGCUGAUGCCGGCGCUGGGAGGAGAACUGGAGCAACGGGAGCUGCGAAUGGGAACCCCUCCAUUUCUCCCCGCUUGUGCGAUGCAGCACUUUGUGCGGUCUGGCGGAACUUGGAAGCUUCUGAAGCCUCCUUUUCUCAGCUAUACUCGGUCUGCCCUCGGGCCGUUCGUUCGUACAAAGCCAAGCCGAUACUGGGAGCAUUCGAUAGCUUGGAGACAGAGACGUGAGAGAGACAGAGACGUGAGAGAGACAGAGAGAUGGGCCAGCCACGGGCACGCCGCUGCUGGUCUUCACUCAACCGCCAACGGAUCGCAGGCUUAA